UCCCCAGUCCCCACGCGGCCUCCGCGAACGCGAGGUGUUGCAGGGCAACAGUCUAAGCGAAGCGACUACGCAUGCGCCUCCCUUCCACGCCUUACCUGGUGCGAACCCGGAAGCGGAAGCGUGCUCAUUUCCGGCGGAAGGAAUUGGGCGGGAGGGACGGUAGCUCCCAGUUUCCGAUUCCGCGCCUUGGCAGUCGCAGGUCGCGGGGCUGGUUGGCUGCGCUCCCGGGGGCCGCCGCCGCCGCCGUGCCGUGCCCCGCCCCGCCCCGCUCCGCCCCAGCCCCGCGCGGGGCCAUGCUGCUGCCGUCCGACGUGGCCCGGUUGGUGCUGGGGUAUUUACAACAGGAAAAGCUUUUAGCCACCUGCCGUGAAUUUAUAUUGGAAAGCUCAGAUUUAAAGGAAUAUGCUGAGCACUAUACAGAGGAAGGAUUUGUUCCAGCCUGUUUACUGUCUUUGUUUGGAAAAAACUUGACAACCAUUCUUAAUGAGUAUGUAGCCAUGAAAACAAAAGAAACCACAAAUGAAGUUCCAGUAAUUAUGUCAUCUUUGUGGAAGAAGUUAGACUAUACUCUUUCUCAGAUCAGGAGUAUGCAGAAUUCUGCAGGAUUUUCUGCUAAUCAAAGGACACGUACAAGAAGUGGAAUUGCAGAAAUGAAAAGGCAGAGAAUACUUCAGUCAGCUCCUCCAACCUCAGGAUUGUUGUCUAUAGCCCACCAGUCAGGACAGCUUAACUCCUCUUGUAUGACAACUACCCCAAUUAUUCACAGACCAACAGUAAAUCAAAAUGCGUCACAGCCAAGAUUGAAUAUGUUGUUUGCGCACCAGUCCCAAACACAGGAAAAUAAUGUCGGCACAGGAGAUCCCAUACAUAUUCUAGUUCCUGAACCUCAAGAACGAAAAUUUAAUUCAAGCUUGCUAUCUCCAGGAAGACGAAAAAGUGAAUCUCAGAAGAAGAAAAGUAUUGCAUCACCUGGACCUCAUUCAGCAAGUAGAAAUUUUCAGGACUCUAGUGUGGUGGUAGUGGAAGAAGAAAGUGAACCCCUCCAGGAACUCAUAGAUGGCAAUUUCCCUCAAUUGGUCAUUGAAAAUGCCAGAGAGAAAAUCCUGAGCAACAAAUCUCUUCAGGAGAAGCUUGCAGAAAACAUUAACAAAUUUUUGGGCAGUGAGGGCAGUGUUGCUCAGAUUCCUAAACAGACAGACAGUGGUCCUGCAGAACAGGAGACCUCAAUUGAUGAAAUCUUUGGACUUCAGAAUGAAAUCCACAUGUCAGAAGAAGCAAUACAGGACAUCCUGGAACAGACAGAGUCAGACCCAGCUUUUCAGGCACUCUUUGACCUGUUUGAACCUGGUAAAAACAAGACUAAUAAAAAUGCACCUCAUGCCAUUUCCAAUCAGAAUGGAGUAGAAGGUACAAUGUUGGUGGAUGAAGAUAAUCUGGAAACAAUUGAAAGUUCUUUAGAAACACAAGAAGCUAGUGAUCAUUCCAGAGAGGCUCGGUCCUGUACAGAUUAUCAUUCAGAAGAAGCAUCAUGUACCUCAAAGAACAGCGAUGAUGAUAUCACUAAGAAAAGUGUAACUUGUGAACAGUCCCAUGGAAGCGGAAAACAGAAGAAACAAACUAAUAACCUUAAAACAGUAACUGAUGAACAAAUUGGUGAGCUUGAAAUUGCCUUUGAAUCUGUGCCUGAUUUGACUGACUCUAAUCAAAGACAGAAUUCUGGUACUGAACAAAAUGAACAUUUUGUGGAAUCUUACAGUAAUGAAGAGUCAGCUGAAUUAGUAUCCCAAAGUCAAACAGCUAUGGAAACUGAAAAAGACACACUAAAUCAUAAUGGUCAAAUUACACCCAGUUUGGAGUAUGAUCAUUCUGAUAUUCCACAGAGUUCCUUGGCUUCACUUGAUGAAGAUACUAUAACUAUUGAAAAUAGAACAUAUCCUGGAACAAGUGAGUGUCAUUUAUCACCAGAUACUUCGUUAUCUGAAAAAACAAAUAUAAGUCCCUCUCACAAGAGCCCUGAUCACAGUGUGAUGCUAAAAAAAAGUAAUUCAUCCAAGUGUAGUCAAUCAGGAGAUUCAAGUGAAAAUGAAAAGGAUAGAACAAAAGAAACACCCAUGUUGCCUGUUGCUUUACAACAAAAUUCUAAUCACCAUUCUAACUGUCAAGACCUGGAUAAAAUGGUGUUGGAUUGUGUUGAAAGAUCUGUAAAUAUAUCAGAUCCAACGAGAACAGAGUUGCAGCUUGAAGUUGUAGAUACUUCCAACAAACCUCAUUCAGGUGAUCAGUAUACACUUGAUAAGCCUUCUACAAAAGAUUUAAGUCUCCACUCAGGGUCAUCAGACUCUGAGAGAACACAAGUGGAAAUGCAAGAACCUUCAUCAUCUACAGAAAGAGAUGCUGAGACUAUAUUUUUCUCUUCAGGUGAUGAUGGAUGUACAGAAAUUUCUGUAGUAUCCACUGAAAGUAACCCUACUGUAUCUGAAGCAUGUCAUACCCCUCCACUAGAAACUGCAUGCUUGACAGAAGAGACUAGCACUGAGUUCAAAAGUAUUGGUGGUGUUUCUUCUAGCAGUCAGCCUAUGGAUGUAGAUCCUUCUAGUAUACUGUCACUCAAAAUCAUCAUCAGUGAUGACCCAUUUAUUUCAUCUGACACUGAGUUAAACAAUGCAGUUUCCAGCAUCACUGGAGAAAAUUUGCCAACUAUAAUACUAUCUUCUCCAGCCAAAACUACGGGGCUGUCCAAAUGUGUAACUUCAGAAGAGACUGAAAGAGCUGGGGACUCAGCUUCGGCCGAGCAGAAUCUUCAUGUGCUCAGACCUAAAGACCCUGUUGUGUCCACAGCUAAUAUGCAGAAUGAAGAUUGCACUGUUUUUUCAGUUGCUAGUGCAACUAAUCUUUCCAAGGAUGGGGGAUUUAUACAGUUGAUGCCGGCAACGAGCACAGCCUUUGGCAAUUCAAAUAACCUUUAUAUAGCCACCUGUGUGACUGAUCCAACCACAUUAGGCACUACUGUAACUCCAUCUAAUGUAGUUGUGUUGCCUGGCAAUUCUGUGCCACUUGCUGCCCAAGCUCCAGCAACACAACAGUUACAGACUCCUCCUAGAUCAAACAUGUUUACAGUGAAUCAGACUGUAUCUCCAAACUUUUCACAAGGUUCUGCCAUUAUAAUUGCAUCUCCAGUGCAGCCUGUUCUACCAGGAAUGGUGGGGAUGAUCCCCGUAUCAGUAGUGGGACAAAGUGGAAAUACUUUCUCAGCACCUCCCCACCAGGUUCUACACAUGCCUAUAGCAAAUCCUAUGUGCAACAGAAGUAUUCCUAAAAUACUCAUCCCUCCCAAAUCUCAGAAGACCGCCGGAGCAAGAAACAAGUCAAAUACAGGAAAGCUGGUAACCUGUACAGCAAAGCCUGUGAACCAUCCAAGUUCUCGAGUACAAAGGACUGGAAAUUCAGACAGGAAUGCCUGUGCAGACCUGGGAAGGAAAUUGGAAGAAAGUUCACUUACUGUACCGGCAGAGACCACGAAUUCAAAUUCCAAACAGAAUGAAAGCCACAGGAGAGUUCUUUGCUUUGAUAGCGCUUUAUCUACUCCAGGAGGAAAUACUCAAGUUCAAAAUACUAAGAACUCAUUACAAAAAGAAAGGAAUGAAAAUCCUCCAAAUACUGCAUCUGCCUCUGUUAAAACACAGUCCAACAAAAGAGAGAAGGAUAAAACUUUGCCUAGAAUUCUAUGUAAGGCUGAGAUUGGUGGUAGUAGAAAUGCAGCUGUGAAAGAAGCCCAGCCUGAGAGAAGGCCUGUGGCUGCAGGACUCACAUUAGAUCCCUUUCACAAGACAACAGCGAAUAAAGAGAACGAAUUAAGAAGGGAUGUUGAUGAAAAACAAAAGAACCAGGAUGCUGCAAAACUGUCAAAUGGCCAAAAGAAUGUCGGCCUUUGGAAUGAAAAAAACGUUGCUUUAGUGCAGGAACAGAACAAAAAACAAGGAUCACUGUCGAAUGUGAAUAGCAAAACUUCAGGAUCUGUUGCCCUAUCUUCAAAGGAGCCAAAAAGAGACCAAACAAAACCUUCCAACCAUAGCCUUAGUUUGGCAAGUCCAUUAACUAAACAAGCUGUGGAGAUGCUACAUGGCAUUCAGUGGCACAGCCCUGCUAGCAAAGUGGUUGAAAAUGGGGAUUUACCAGUACCCCGUACACCAUCAGGAGUUGGGGAUACGCAAACAGAGGAUAUCUCAGACAGUGUAAGGACACCAACUUGUAGACGUUACAUUGAAGACAGUACAACCCCUAGAAUAAUGGUCCCUCCUGCUACUCCAGACUUGCCUGCCUGCAGCCCGGCUAGUGAAACAGGUAGUGAAAACAGUGUCAGUAUGGCUGCCCACACAUUGAUGAUUCUAUCAAGGGCUGCUAUUGCAAGGACUAAUACUAUGACUCCCCUGAAAGACAACAAACAACAAUUCAGGUCAGUGAGAAGCACAGCAAAAAAAAGGAAACUGGAGGACUUGAAUGAAUGUGAGAGAAACUCCCGUUCUGCUAGUAAAAAGGAACUUCAGAGCUCUACAACACCAGUGAAAAAGAAGAAAAUAAAGAAAAAGAAGCUGCCACAUUGUUUUCCAGCUGGAAUGGAUGUGGACAAGUUCUUGUUAUCUUUGCAUUAUGAUGAAUAAAGUAGUUGAACUAUGACUAUUUAAAACAAGGUGUCGCUUUGUAAAGGGUGAGCUGCACUUUCAGUGCACUGAAGUUUCACUUUAUAGCAAAAUCAUGCUGUUUCUGAAGCAGGUUGCUAGUUUGUAAAUAGAAUUCUAAGUUGGUAUAUUUUAUUUUUGUUGUAGAGCCAUUUAUUUACAAAACUGUACAGGUAGACUUGUUUGGAUAAUGUAAGUAUUGUACAAAUGUAUUGUGAGAAGUUGUAAACAACCAAAUGUUCUUAGUUUGUUUCCUAUAACACCAGAUGUUUAUGUUCUGCAGAGAUCUUUACUUACCAUCUAAAUUGCUUCGUCAUUUUGUGAAUUUGAGGGCAGUGAUUCUGUAGCUCAGCAUUUCUAAGCCUUGCAGCACUGCUGAUUUUAAACAAGGCAGUUGAGAGAAGAACUAGGAAAUUAAGCAUUUGGAUCAUCUUUUACAACAGGUAUUGGGGGUUCUCAAAUCAGACUGUUAAUUUGUUUGUAGUAGAGUUCUCUCCUACCUCUCCACACCAUGUUCUGUCAAAUGCUUUUUUACUUUUUAAAACUGCAUGGAUGAUGAAAGAUACCCUGAGAGAGUAAUAGGCACAAACACAUGUUGUCUCUUCCCUCCCUCCCCUGCUUCCCCCUCCCACAAAAAAGGUGUACUAUCUUCCAAUAAAGUUGCCUCAGAAUUUUACAGAAUCUUAAACAGCAGUUACCAGUUUAGCCAAAUGCAGAUCUUGCUAGCCACGGUGGUAUCUUUUGAAGUGCAAAAAUUAUUUAUAAAAUAGUGAAGUUUUAAAUAUUCAAAAUUUUAAUAGCCAGACUAUAUGUAGUUUUUCUCAACAAUGAAAAGGGGUUUGGUUCAAAUGGCUCAGUUCUGUAUCCAUGCAUAUCAUUUGGAGAUCAGCAGUGCAACAUUCCUGCAUUAUGUUGGAUUGAAAUGGAAGUUUUGCUCACUGAAAUCCAAAUACCUUAGCUAAUUUAGUAAAUGCUAUGUAGUUAUAGGACUCGAACACAAUUGUUGUUAGGUGAAAAAAAAUCUCAAAAAGGUAGCGUGUGUGAUUUAGGGCCUACCAAAAGGAAAAGAGGAACGUUGAAUGACAGCUUGAGUGAAAUAUUUCACUUGCGUAGGUAGUGAGUUUUUAGAGAUUGUUAGAAAUCCUUAACAGUAUUGCCAAUCAGUGAACAGGGCACUCACUCUCUCCUCGGUCUUCCACUGUAAUUUUACUUUUUGGUGGGGGGUCUGAGUUGAUGAUGAUGUGAGACUAAGAAUCGAAAAUACUCUAAUGGGAAAAAUGAUUCUUUCAACCCUAUUUUGCAUUGUCAAGAGGAUAGCUUCCUGUUUGUUCUACUUAAAAGGCUUUUAGCUUCACCUUUAGUUCAAAAUGAAGGUAGAUCGUGGUGGUAUCUAGUAGGGUAGUUCAACAUAGUGAUUAACAGAAGGUGGCAGGACAAAGCUCCUAUGUAUGCAUCCUGCACUUUGAUAGGAAUUGGUAUAUAUACAAAUUAAUAAAACAACUCUUGUGAUCACUAGUCCUAAUCCCUAUGCCAAAUGGUGUAAGGUCUAACUUGUUCUGCAGAAUUUUCUUCAUGGGCAGUGGUGUGUUUCCUUUGUUCUCAACUUGUUGAUAUGUUACUGAAUAAUGUAAUAGUUUUCUUGUAAGAUCUGUAUGGUGACAUGGCAGUGUUUCAAAUAGCAUCCAAGGAUUCCUAAGGAACCAAAUAUUAUGCAGUAGAUGUUUAUAUUAAACCUAUCCACUAACUUAAUACUGCAUAGCAUUUAAGGCUUGAAUAAAUAUUUUGGUUUUUAUCCA